CUUUUGCAUUUAACAAGUUGAGUUAAUGGAAUAUUGUAGUAGCAGACGACAUUUUCAUGCACCGUCUCAUCUGACAGCUAGACGUUGAUGCAGUGAUUUACGUAACUAACCAUCGGUCAUUCUCAUGUCACUCGAUGUGAUGCUGUGUACAUUUGUUGAUCACAACAUGAAACAUAUUUCAACUAUAUCUGCAGCAAUGCUAUGAGAAGUUUACCUUGCCUUUAAUGAAUUAUCUUGUGGCUGGAAAUAAAUUAUUUUUUGGUUGGUAAAGAUGGCUGGUGAUGAAGAAAAUAACAAAUUUGAGGAAGAAUUAUUGGAUUUAAAAGAGAACUGCAAGAUCUUAUUUGAGGCUGAUCCAUCGCAGGCUCAUAGUGAUGCAUCUCUACGUAGAUUUCUCAGGGCUUUUGGGACUGCAGAUUUAGCCUGCAAAAAUUUAUUAAAGAGUAACAAAUGGCGGCAGGAGUUUGGCGUGGAGUCUUUGUCACCUGAAGACAAAGACAUUCAAGAAGAGCUCAUUUCUAGGAAAAUCACAAUCCUGAGGCACAGAGACUCCCAAGGCAGACCUAUUGUGUAUGUGGCGGUCCGGAAACAUAAUGUGUAUGAGAGAGAUAUAGACAAAUUUACCAGGUUUAUAGUGUACAUACUGGAAAAUGCCUGCAAAAAAUGUCAUGAGGAUGUCAUUGACAACUUGUGUAUUGUUUUUGACAUGAAAGGCUUCAGCCUAAGUUGUAUGGAUUACCAGUUUGUGAAGAACCUGAUCUGGCUGCUAAGUAAGCACUACCCUGAGAGACUCGGGGUCUGUCUCAUCAUCAACUCUCCUAUGAUGUUCUCAGGCUGCUGGGCUGCCAUCAGACCGUGGCUUCACGAAGUGACAGCCAGCAAGGUGGUGUUUGUGAAUAAUGAGCAGGAUAUGUGUAAAUACUUUUGCCCGGACAUCCUGCCUGAGAUAGACUGAGCCAGGUGAAGAUUCUGUAUGCACUGGGCACCGGGCAGGACUGAGGCUGGUCAUACUCUCAGCAUAACCAGACCCUGUAGGGGUAGUCUCUGUUGCUGUUCAUUACCUACAUGUACGUGGCCAGCAAGCCACCUUUCUUGACUAGACCUAUCUCACAGGCAUGUGUUCUUAGAUCUGUAUGUAAUUUGGACUUUACAGCUCACUUAUAGUUGACGGCAGCAAACCUUUUAUUUCAUUAAGGGCUGUAGAACUACACCUGUCUUAAUUCUUUAUGGCAGCUUGAACAAGAUAAACUUUUAUUGGAAGUUUCAUCAGUAUCCCAGUUCCAUCAGCUGAUGAUUUUGUACAGAAAUAUGCAUAUGGUUCCUUUCACCGUCCUCGACAAUAGUCAAUCUCCCAGGACCCCACCUAGCCAUCCUAACCGUUGUAUGUGUAUUUACCACAGACUAAUGUCUAUCACUCAAACAUUGUUAAUGUCAAUUUACCGUAACAAGUUGAAUAAGAAAAAUGUUUAAGUUGAAAAAAAUGUACACCAUCUAUAGUUGAAGACAUCCAGUUUAAGUCAGUUGGGAUUAUUAUUUAAUGAUUAUUUUUCUUGAUAUCAUUUCAAAGCCUGCUUAGUGCACAAGGAAAAAUACCUGCAUUAUUGACAUGUAGUGCAUGAAUUGAAAAAGAUAUGAACUGCCUGCAAUUGGCAGUAGGUGACCCAAAACUGUUCUACAGAGUGUCACAGUAUGUAUGAAAUUGUAGAAGUAACAUGUGGUUUGAAGAUGGCUUUGCUGUUGAGCUAUUCAAUAAGAAUGACCACAAAUGUUCCAUUCCUAUCAAUGAGAAAAUGUCAGGCACAGAUGGAGUUAAGUUUCCUUGCUAUGGAUUGUCUCCCCUGAGGUGGCCCAAUAACAUGACUAUCUUCAGUUACUGCUUGACAUUUUAUGUCUUUGUGGUAGAACACACAUAUAUAUGGCUCUCAAGACGUAAACUGUGUUCUUAUUAGAAGAGAUUAACUAUUUUUCAGGUAGUUGUUUCAAGACUUUGCUGAUUAAGUCGAUUAAAGCCUUCUGAGGAUGACACAUGUCAUAUUGAAAAUUUGGUCACAGACUGGAAUCUAGCUGUAAUUGUUCUCUUGGCAUCAUUAUAUAUACAAGUUGUAUAAAUAAACAGAAAUGACAUUCUCAGCAUUAAGCCUAAACCAGUUUUAAUGUGCAUGUGUUUAAGUUAUAAACAGUGCUUAAAAUUCAUAUUUAGGAUAAACUGUUGAUAAAUUAGGGUACGGUGGGUUUUUGGUAUUGACAGAUCUUGAACUGCUACAUAUAUGUAGAUGCCUGGAUGUCUAGAUUUAGAUGUGGGUCAGGUAGACAAUGUAGACCAGAGUAUGUAAAGUUCUCACGCUGCCUCAUGGAUACAUUGUAGUUGGUGCUAAUGCUGUGUGGAAGUGAUAGGCAUUAAACCAGUGUGGAUUGGGUAAUAAAAUUCCACACUAGUGUUAUGAAUAUGGUUGACUGAAGAAACAAAAUACAUAAUGCAUUUAUUAAUGGCGAGAUUCAUGGAAUAGGUCAUUGUACACUUUUUCUUUUUGAUUUCAGUUUGCUGAGGUCACAAGUAGUCGUUGCAUAUUUGCUUAGUGUUUACCUGUAUAUAUUUGCUGUCUGAUUGAAGACGGAAAACGCUUGUACAGAGUACAGUGCAUUACUCUUCACAUUCUAUUAGCACAUUAUAUUGGCUGGAGUAGUUAUUUAGUUAUUUAUUGUUUUCUUAAUUUAAUUGUUGCAGUGUUAAGUUGACCAAAGAUAUCUCCGUUGUAGUGUUUAAUAAUUUAUUUACUGUCUGGACAAAUUUUGUUCAGUAAAAUCAAAGACAGUGUAGUGUUCAAUAUUAAAUGUUGAUUUAAUGUCACAACAUAAUCACUUUAUUUGAUGUACAUUAAUGACACUUGGUGUAACUCAAGGGUUUAGAGGGAUGCUUACCUUAGAGGCUUGUAGAUCACAGCAUUUACAACAACAACGAACCCGAUAUGAGCUUGGUAGGUAGUUUACCUUCCUCAAGGGAAAUAUUUGUAAAUUGUAAAAUGACAAUCUAUAUAUAAAAUAAGGUAAGCAUUGUCAAACUUGAUUGAUGUAAAGGUGUGUGUCAGUGGAAUCUGUGGGAAGGAUAUUCUACAUGUAUGUAUAUGGAAUCACUUAUUGAUAUGUGAAGUAAUUUACUCCUAGGUUGGUUCAUUUAUGUGAAGGACAUCAUGGCCUGCAUCUUAUCUGUAAAUUACAGCUUUAGAGGUGGCUAAUUACCAGUAUACUAACAGUGGUGACAUGAAUGCAUGGUAUAGCCAAGAAAAGUUGAGAGCUCUUGUUAGUGUCGUCUGCAAAGGUACAACCCCAAGUCUAACAACUGAGUGAGCUUACGAACAAACUUAAAAAAGAUAGAUGCUGCCACUCAUGGUCUUCAGCCAUGUCUUUUAAUACCAGCUGGUCAAGAGUAUUGGAGUUGAGAUUAACAAAUAAAAUGAAUAAAAUUGAGUGAGUUUUGCCAAUCUUGAUCCAUGGGUUUUAUGACAAGAUGUGCUAGAAUGUGAUAUUAGUGAAACCAUGUGAUUAUAGGUUAAAACAAAUCUCAUAUUCUAGAGUUCUUAACUUCUGAUUUUGACAAGAGUCAAAAUUAGCAGUUUUUUAAAAUUAUUCUCAGACAUUUGUUGACAAACUGUGCAACAGUAGUAAUAAUGUCACCCAGUUUGUCUCGCUCAUCCCAUUAUAAAACCUGCAGGACAGGACUAACAAAACCGCUCAAUUUUUUUAAUCCUCGUGUGUUAAAACACGUGGCUCGAGAAAGUAAGUGGAUGCAUCCUUCUUCCAUACAAAACAACACCCAAAAAGAAUAAUUGAUUUCAUAGGUUGAGUGGACCUGGGAUAAAACUGUAUAAUAGUGUGUUCUUCAGAAGAGAGAAGAUAAACUUAGCAUGCCUGCACAGCUGGUUAGCAGUGGAAUGUUUUGAACUCUGAUAAUGUCAGUGGUCUGCAGAAUGUUUUUACAAUUGUAGUCCUAAAGAUGUUAAUUGUAUUAGAUGAAAGAGAUAAUCAUCACACUGCAGUAGGGUAUCGAUCAAACUUGAACAGUUCCAUGUUCAGCCUGUCUGAUGGUUAUAUUGUUCAGAUCCUGUUAGUUAUUUGUUCAGAUGUGAAGCGAAAAUUGAGAUAUUUAUUGAGUGUUUGAUUUAAGAGUGUUUUAAAAUUAUAUUCACAAAAGAAAAAGAUGUUUAUUUAUUGCUAAUUCUUAAAUAACAAUAUUUAAGGGUUUACAGUUACUUGCAAAACGUUUUAACUUGACUACAUAUUUAUUUUUAUAUAACACAAUCUGUUUAAAAUCCAUAUUUUUAAUGAAUGCUGGGCACUUGGGCUCAAUGUCCAUAUUUUUGCUCUGUAAUAUGUAUAUUUAUGGUCGCUCAUUGACACAGACAACUAAUAUUACUUAUAGCCCACCCCGAUGUUGGUUGUCUCCCUUGGUUAAUCCUUAUAUUGCUCCAGAGAGUUAUCUCUCGUAGAUACUUGUACAUGUCCAGGUAGCUGGCAUCAUUUACUAAUUCCAGACAAUCUUAAGACUCAUCAAUUGUAAUACCAGAAAAGCACAGUUUCCGUUGUAAAUUUAAUUGCUGCCUGCCCGUGAAUUUCUUAUUUCUGAUUGUUAUGUUGUUGUAUUGAUGGAUUGUCUCUACCUCGAAUCAGUAGGUAUUGUUUUUAGCUCAUUAGUGCAUGAUAGACAGUAUGUUUAUAUUGUGUGGGGGAAUAAAUUCUAUCAAUAUCGUUUA